GAAUAAGUAAAAGCAGACUCUGUCUCGGACACGACGUCACUCUGCGGCACCGUCGGGAGCGCGUCGGGCGCGGUCACGAUGCAUGGGAGGGGUGAAGAGGGAGCGCGCAGUCUCGGGCGCGAGCACUUUGCUGGAGCCGGUGCUGCUGCUGCUGCUGGGAGAAGGUCCUCUAUAAGGAUUUAAUUUUCUUUAUUAUUUAUUCAAUUCGCUCAAUUUUACACCGACAUCACUAAGCGGCCAACAUGCGCGAGAUCGUUCACCUGCAGGCGGGACAGUGUGGAAACCAGAUCGGAGCCAAGUUCUGGGAGGUGAUCAGUGAUGAGCAUGGCAUUGAUCCCACUGGAACCUAUCACGGAGACAGCGACCUGCAGCUGGACCGCAUCAGCGUCUAUUACAAUGAAGCCUCAGGAGGGAAGUAUGUUCCUCGUGCCAUCUUGGUGGAUCUGGAACCAGGAACCAUGGACUCGGUUCGAUCUGGACCUUUCGGACAGAUCUUCAGACCCGACAACUUUGUCUUUGGCCAGAGUGGUGCUGGGAAUAACUGGGCCAAGGGCCACUACACAGAGGGAGCCGAGUUAGUGGACUCCGUCCUGGAUGUGGUGCGUAAGGAGGCUGAGAGCUGCGACUGUCUGCAGGGUUUCCAGCUCACCCACUCUCUGGGCGGUGGCACCGGCUCUGGCAUGGGCACGCUGCUAAUCAGCAAGAUUCGUGAAGAAUAUCCCGACCGUAUCAUGAACACCUUCAGUGUGGUGCCCUCGCCCAAAGUGUCUGAUACAGUGGUUGAACCCUACAACGCCACGCUGUCUGUGCACCAGCUGGUGGAGAACACUGACGAGACCUACUGCAUCGACAACGAAGCUCUGUAUGACAUCUGCUUCCGUACGCUCAAACUGACCACACCCACUUACGGUGAUCUGAACCACCUGGUCUCGGCCACCAUGAGUGGAGUCACGACUUGCCUCCGCUUCCCGGGGCAGCUGAAUGCAGAUUUGCGCAAGCUGGCCGUCAACAUGGUGCCGUUCCCACGUCUCCACUUCUUCAUGCCUGGUUUUGCACCCUUGACCAGCAGGGGGAGUCAGCAGUACCGCGCCCUUUCCGUCCCUGAACUGACACAGCAGAUGUUCGACGCGAAGAACAUGAUGGCUGCCUGUGACCCGCGUCAUGGCCGUUACCUCACCGUUGCGGCCGUGUUCCGUGGACGCAUGUCCAUGAAGGAGGUCGACGAGCAGAUGCUCAACGUCCAAAACAAGAACAGCAGCUACUUCGUGGAAUGGAUCCCCAACAACGUCAAAACGGCCGUGUGCGACAUCCCGCCGCGUGGCCUCAAGAUGGCCGCCACCUUCAUCGGCAACAGCACGGCCAUCCAGGAGCUGUUCAAGCGCAUCUCUGAGCAGUUCACUGCCAUGUUCAGGAGAAAGGCCUUCCUCCACUGGUACACAGGAGAAGGAAUGGAUGAGAUGGAGUUUACCGAGGCUGAGAGCAACAUGAACGACCUGGUCUCUGAGUACCAGCAGUACCAGGAUGCUACCGCCGAGGAGGGAGAGUUCGAGGAAGAGGGUGAAGAAGAGGCUGCCUAAAUUGCUCCCUCUCCUUCAUCUCAUCCUUUUAUGGUUGCUUCUUUUGUGUUUUCUCACUUACCUUCCCACAUUCCCCCGCUUCUACUUCCUCAGGUGUUUUGUGAAGGUGUGUCUGUUCAAGAUAAACACUCAUUGACACGUUCUCACUUUUAGAGGUGGAGUAUUUUUUUCCUGUGCUCUCUUGAAGGUAACUUAGUCGGUUAAACUCUUCAGUCUGUUGUUUUCCUGUUGUGGCCGAUGCGAUACUCAGUCUAUAAUACCUACUUGUUUUUAAAAAAAUCAAGCAACCUUAACAUCAGCUUAAAUUGAAUAAAACUUGGUUAAACUCAA